AUGACGUUUGGUGACAGUUUCGCUUUGUUAUCGUGCAGAUUAUUUUCUACUUUUCGGUCUCGAACAAAAUUCUUGUGUAUCAAUACAGGCAAAUUUCAUAUGGAUUUGCAAAAUGAAGCAAAAACAAUGGAUAUGGUCAGCGUUCCGCCAAUCGUGGCGGCAUACCGGCUCGCCCUGCAAACCUUCGACGGGAAGGCCACGGCCGACCUCCCCGCCAACAUAAACAAACUUAAAAAGAUAAUGGACACAUUGAGAAGCGAAGACCUAGGUUUGGAGAGACGGUUAUGCGACCCGGCGACGUGGAAAAACCCUAACAAAGCCCCAUGUACGUACAUCCAAGUAUUUCAAAACAGUGGCGUCAAUAUGAGUAUUUUCGUUUUGAAACCUGGCUUCAAGAUGCCUUUGCACGACCACCCUCAUAUGCACGGUCUUUUGAAGGUAAUAUACGGUGCCGUGAACAUUCGUAGUUUCUCCGAGCACCCUGUGACUGAAAAGAUGAGCGCUAUAGACAUGGCAAUUCGCGCUAAACACGAGGCAGCUAGGCUCGCUCAUGGGACACACGUAAAGCGAAAGUUUUUCGCUGAAGUUUCACAGGAUCGCGUUUGUAAGGAAAAUUCUGAGACGUGUGUGCUGACUCCGACUGUAUCUAACUAUCAUGAGAUACAAGCGCUUGAAAUGCCAGCAGCAUUUUUUGAUGUUCUAUCACCACCUUAUGACACUUUGAUAGAAGGGAUAGGGCCCAGGCGAUGUAGCUACUAUAAAGUUCUCAAUAAAUUGAGUUCUAACUUAGUAGAAUUGCAAGAGACGGUAGCACCCGAUUGUUUUUUCUGUGAUCAGUCUCCGUACUUAGGCCCGAAGCUGGCAUAGGUACAAAUUAAGUUAUUAGGUAGCUAUGAAAUUUAAGUAAUUGACCAGGAAUGUGUACCUUAGAUGAAUUUGAAGAAGU